AUGGCUUCCUCUAGGAGGUCAAAUCGUAGCCAGGACAUGGGCGACGGAGCCCCCCCUUGGAGCCGCAACCCGUCCCCCGUCCCUCCUUAUGAUCCCCCUCACUCGCCAGCCUACCUCCCACCGCCUUCCCCGGGGGGAUCGCACAACCCGUACAACAUCAACCUUCCCCCGAGGCAAGGCUACCCCGCCAACCCGCCCAUCUACGCCCCUCCCUCGCCGUCGGUCGUCGGCUCGGCGCUCGGCGGAUCGACCCUCGCCCCCUCGACCGUCUACGGGUCCACCAUCGGUCCAUCGACCUCGCCCCGGCCGCCGUCUCGACUGACAAACUUUGAGGCUGCCUUGGCCCGCGCUCGGGGUGAGGCCCCGCCGCCAGUGGUCGAGACGCCUCCGGUCGAGAUUCCUCCUCUGAUGAGGCCGACAUACUCCCAGCCGGCCCCCUCUUACCUCCCGCCGCCGGAUAGCAACCACCCCGAUCUGAACGUCGGCUUCACACGGGCGUCGACUAUCCGGCAUAGUGGCCUCCGUCGCCGUGAGCCAUCGCGCUCUCCGUCUCCUGGGUUCGACAACAGUAUGGUCUAUGACCCUAUUCAGCGCCACGAGGACAUUGAGAAGGCCCUUCUGUCCGACGAAGAGCGCGACCGCAUCUACCAGCCGAUUCAGACCCCUCUUCCCCUCUCGAGGUUUACGCUCCAGAAGACCAUGUUGGAGUCGAACGGUGACCUGUCUCUGAUGGGCAAUGCGCCGCGCCCUGCUGCCAGGAGGUCCUCCAUCGAGAAGACGGGGCUCGAUGGCUUCGAGCCCGUGGCUCUUGUCGACGGCGCGCAUCCGGAGGACACCCAUCACUACGGCCCUGCUCCGGAGGGUCGGGUCAGCAGACGCAACAACCAGCACAAGCGUGUCAAGCAGAGGCUUACGCUUGAUGAGGAGGGCACCUUUGCCGUUGAAAUGCCUAUUCCUUCUCGCCUGGCCCAGUUCCUUCCCGUCAAGGGCGUCGAGGAGCAGAAGACCACCAGGUACACGGCCAUCACGACUGACCCGGACGAUUUUGCCAAGUCGCCCAUUCGUCUCCGCCAGGAAAUGUUUGACCCUCCUCGCAAGACUGAAAUGUUCAUCGUCAUCACCAUGUACAACGAGGACGCCGAGCUCUUCUGCCGCACCCUCUACGGUGUGAUGAAGAACAUCGCCCACCUCUGCGGGCGUAAGAACUCGCGCAUGUGGGGAGCCAAUGGGUGGCAGAAGAUUGUGGUCUGCAUCGUUGCCGACGGUCGUAAGCACGUCAACCCUCGAGUGCUCGAUUGUCUGGCUGCUCUCGGCGUCUACCAGGAAGGUGCAAUGACCAACCAGGUACAAGACCGCCCUGUCAAGGCCCACGUCUUCGAGUACACCACCAGCUUUGCCCUCGACCCCGACCUCCACUUCAAGUACCCGGACAGGGGUAUCGUGCCGUGCCAGAUCCUUUUCUGCAUGAAGGAGAACAACGCUAGGAAGAUCAACUCGCACCGUUGGUUCUUCAACGCCUUCGCGCCAAAGCUCCAGCCCAACGUCUGCAUUCUGCUUGACGUUGGUACCAUGCCCGCCCAGAAGUCCCUGUACCACCUGUGGAAGGCCUUUGACGUCAACUCCAACGUUGGUGGCGCCUGUGGUGAGAUUGCGACUUUCAAGGGCAAGGGCUGGAGACUACUCCUCAACCCUCUCGUGGCGGCGCAAUGCUUCGAGUACAAGAUGUCCAACAUUCUCGACAAGCCCAUGGAGAGUUUGUUCGGUUACACUGCUGUGCUUCCUGGUGCCUUCUCGGCGUACCGCUACAUUGCGCUCCAGAAUGACGAGAAUGGCCGCGGUCCACUCUACUCAUACUUCCAAGGCGAGAACCUCCAUAGUGGAAAGGCCGACUCGUUCACCGGAAACAUGUACUUGGCCGAGGAUCGUAUUCUCUGCUUCGAGAUUGUCGCCAAGCCCAAAGCGAGCUGGGUCUUGAAGUACGUCAAGUCGGCCGUUGGCGAGACCGACUGCCCCGAUACCAUUCCCGAGUUUAUCGGUCAGCGUCGCCGCUGGCUCAACGGAUCUUUCUUUGCUGCUGUCUACUCCCUUAUCCACUUCCGCCAAAUCUGGCGCUCUGAUCACAGUGUCGUCCGAAAGUCGGCGCUGAUGGUCGAAUUCGUUUACAACGCGCUCAACCUGCUCUUCGGCUGGUUCUCGCUGGGCAACUUUUACAUCUUCUUCGUUAUUCUCACCAGAGCAUUGGAGGGCAAGGCGUUCCACAUCAAGAACAUUCAGGUCCUCAAUGUCAUAGUACAAUAUACGUACUUGGGCACUGUCAUUGCGUGCUUCAUCUUCGGCAUGGGUAACAGGCCGCAGGGCUCUCCCUGGAAGUACAAAGUGGCCAUCUGGAUCUUCGCCGUCUUAACGUUCUACAUGCUCGUCGCCGGUGUCAUCUGCACUGUUGCGGCGAUCCAGAACAUUGACAAGCCGAUCUUUAUCCGCCUCGUCGUGUCGCUUGCCGCGACGUAUGGUAUCUUUGUCGUCUCGAGUUUCCUCGCGCUCGACCCGUGGCACAUCUUCACCUGCUUCCUGCAGUACUUGCUCUUCACCCCAACCUACAUCAAUGUUCUCAAUAUUUACGCCUACUCCAACCUCCACGACUUGUCCUGGGGUACCAAAGGUGCCGACACUGUCGAGACCGACCUGGGCAAGGUCCAGGGUGUUGGCCGCGACGUCGAAGUGGCCCUGGUGUCGGAGCAGCAGGACAUCGACAUGGCCUACCAGGAUGCCCUCGACAACCUCCGUAUCAAGCGCGCAAGAGUGGACCCGGAUGAGAUGCCGCCGGCCAAGAAUGCCAGCGAGCAGAAACAAAAGGACGUUUACGCCAACUUUAGGACCAAUCUUCUUCUUGUUUGGUCGCUCUCGAACGCCUUGCUUGCGAGCAUCAUUCUCGCUGGCAAUGACAACGAGACGUUCAGUGGCUCUGGCAACAGCCGCCAGGGCAUUUACAUGCUGAUUAUCUUAAUCUUUGUCGCCGGUAUGGCUGCCUUCAGAUUCAUCUGUGCGACUUUGUACCUCAUUAUUCGCCUCUUUGGCGACCUCGCGCCGUGCGGCCCGCUCGUUGCGCCCUUGCUCGCGCAAGCCGUGUCCGCCAUGACGGCGCUCCGCGACGACGACACUGUCUCGGACGAAAGAGGACAACGCGCCAAGGUGGCACUCGACACGCUCCUCACCGUCGCAAAGGGCCAGGUCGCGGCGCUCCCUUUUAACACGGUCUCGCGGCACACCCUGCGGCUAUACACGGACGCGUCGCUGCUCCGGACGGCGCUGGACCUGUUAACUGGCCCCGUCGUGGAGGGGCCGCGGCGCGCGUUCUGUCUCGCUGCCGUGGAACGCGUCGACCGCGCCAUCAUCGUCGCUGGCGCUGUCGGGCCGCAGAGGGCCGAGUGGGCGCAGCGCCUGGUGGGCGAGGUGCAGGGUGUGCUUGUCGCCGAGGGGAUCGCGGCGCCGCCAGCUGGCAAGGUUGCAGCCAACGGCCACGACGACGACGACAGCGACACCAACCCGCACCCCGCAAAGCGGCGCAAGCACGCCGCGCCCACUCGGCCCCCCUUCACGCCCCUCUUCGCGCCCUCCCCAAUCCCAGAAACGACAACCUACCCCACCCUCGCUGCCCACGCGCGCGAGCCGCACCACCCGCUAAUCCUGCGCGGCUACCUGUCCUCCGAGGCGUGCGCGCCGUGGCCCGCCCUCGAGCGGUGGAAGGACGCAGGCUACCUCCUCUCCUGCGUGGGCGAGGGGCGCGUCGUGCCCGUCGAAAUUGGGACCGCGUACGACGACGAGGGGUGGGCGCAGCGGAUUGUGCCGUGGCGCGACUUUCUGUCAGCGGCAGGGUGGGACGUGGUGCCGGAGAGCGAUGAGCUCGACGCCGCCCCCGCCGCGCCGCUCUACCUCGCCCAGCACGCCCUCUUCGCCCAGUUCCCCGCGCUCGAGCGCGACACCGCCGUGCCAGACUACGUGUGGUCCGAGCCCCAGCUGGCGGGCUACACCGCGCCAGACGACUACCUCGUCAACGUGUGGGUCGGGGCUGGGGGCUCGCGCAUCGUCUCGCCGGCGCACACGGACCCGUACUUCAACGCGUAUGCGCAGGUGCUCGGCCGGAAACGCGUGUGGCUCGCGCCGCCGGACGCCGGGGAACACAUGUAUGCGUAUAGCAAGGGGAGCGAGGACGACGCCGACGACACCAAGUCGCCCCUCGCGGCAGAGUACAUGGGCAACACGUCGACCGUGCCCAUUCUCCGCGGCGACAGGUUUCCCGACGCCGCAGCGGCGUCGUUCCCCGCCUUCUUUGAGCACGUGUACCCCCGCGCCAUGGAGGCUGUGCUCGAGCCCGGAGACCUGCUCCUCAUGCCGCCUGGGUGGUGGCAUGCGAUGCGCGGCGAGAGCGAGGCCAUGUCGUGGAGCGUGUCGUUUUGGUAUUAG